AUGGGCUUCAUGAAGCAAGGCAGCCAACGUCCCCUCGGCAGGCGCCGCACUCUGCACGACUUGCGAAGGGCAGCGCGCAGCCCAAAGCAACCUGAGGAUUCCGACCAGACCUUAGUGCAAGCAACAGAUGCGCCGCAGGCUCAAGAUAACACGUCACGACUGAAGAAACGCGCAAGCACCUUCGGCAUCAAAAAUGCGCUCACCAAACUCCGCAUCAUCAAAAGCAGCCCAGCCCCCACGCAACCAAUCUGGACCCAGUAUGAGCUUGUCAAACGCAUAGGCUCCGGUGGAAACGGCCUCGUAGAUCUCUGCUUCGACACAUCCGCCGGCAUCCUCGUCGCAGUAAAGACUCUAACCCUCCCAAAUCCCGCCGCCCCUCUAGCAGAAGCAACGAUUCUGCAAAACCUAGGCCGCCACGGCAACAUCGUCAGAUACUACAACAGUGUCCUAAGUCCACCGCAUCCUAAUCGUCUACAACUAAUUUUCGAAUACUGUCCCAGAGGCGAUCUACUGGAUUACCUGGAUACCUUGGAUGGCCCCAUCCCCGAACUAUUCCUUUGGCAUGUGUUCAAGCAUGUCGCUUGUGGUCUCACUUUCCUGCACAGCCGCGGCAUCGUACAUGGCGAUAUCAAACCCGCCAAUAUCCUCCUCACCGCGGCGCGAGAAGGCGAGCGUUUCUCGCUACCCAAGAUCGCAGACUUCGGCGCUGCGUCCUGUAACCCCUUGCCAGAAAUCCCACGGGGCCACAUCGGUACACCGUCCUUCCAACCCCCCGAAGCCGAUCUUCGCCACGGCCCAGAAUCCGAUAUGUGGUCCUUGGGAAGCAUGAUGCACGAACUGGUACUGGGUCGUGUACCCAUGCAGAAAGUGCGGGAGCUGGAGACCGAUGCCGAGACUUGGUUUGGGGGGAGUGGACGGGAGAUACCGGAUGGUGUUGUUGCGCGUGAUCUCUAUAAGGAGUUUUGUUACUACCAAGCUGGCCACGUUGUUGAACGCACGCGCAUCGAUUGUCCAUCGGAGUAUACGACGAAAGUAUACAGUACCCUGCUGAAUCACUUCAUGAUGCGCGCGCUUGAACUCGACUGGGGGAAACGCAUCACGGCUAGCCAACUGUGGGACCUGUUGCCUAAGCUCGAAGCUAUUGUGCAGGAUCUGCAUAUACUGGGCAAGCCUGAUCUGCUCGAUAGCCUCGAGGAACGAGAGGACAUGAAUGGCCGAGAGGCCGUAUGCGUCACCGACUCUCAGAUGCUGCGACAACUGUUCGAGAGAUUGGCACGGUGUGCGGAUUGGGCGAGUCAUCAGGAGAUGCGGAGGAGAGGGAUGCAGUUGUUGUUUGUUAUGGAGGAAGAGGAUCAUUUUGCGGUUUUUAGGGCGCUGAGGGAUGUGAGGGGCUUUUGGGGGAUGGAGUGGUGA